AUGAAAUCAUCCAUCCGACGAUAUUGCAAUGAGGGACACGAUGUCGUUUCUGAAAAAGACAUGCGUGUAGCGCUUUCAGAACGCCCUGUGCAAGGUAAAACUGCCUCCGUGUGCGCAAUGAAUGAGACUCAAAAGACACUCGAAGUACAUAAGAUAGAAGGUUUCAUUAAGUAUGGCAAUUUCAAAUUUGAAGUGGAAGGAAUUAGAGCAUGGAGAGCUUAUGGCGUUGGACUAGGCAGGUUUAUUCCUUACCGAGAGGUCAUAACUGAACCUCAAGUUCCUACUGAUCUCAUUGUGCAUGAGAACUUCUUUCCUCUCAAAGAAGCUCGAGUAUAUAAGAGAGAGACAAACAGUGAAAAUGAACAAUGCAACGGUCUUUUCUCUUGUUCUGAGCUCGGGUGUAACAUGGUUUUCAAGAAAUUUAGUGAACUCGAAAAUCACCUUGAUGUUGGUGAGCACAGCCAAGUUCGCCGAAACUCUGAUACGGUGUAUGACAAGCUCAGAAGAGACUGGGCGGAGAAAUUUCGUACUGUUGAAAAGGACGAAGAAAUCAGAAGCGAGCCUGAAGCAGUUGGAGAGGAGCGUCACGAAAAGAAUGAAAGUGGCCGCUCUCCCCAAUGCAGUGACUUGCAGACUGGAUGGGCUCUACACAAGCCCCGAAACGAAGCUGUGCGUUUUCCUGCCGAGGUUAAGCAGUACCUAACAACGAAAUUUGAUCUUGGAGAAAGAACUGGCAUCAAGUCAGAUCCCGCAAAAGUGGCAGCAGAUAUGCGAACUGCAAGAAACCCAGACAGUUCUCGGAUGUUUGAAAGGAAACAUUGGCUCACAAAGGGUCAAGUACAGGGAUUUUUUUCGAGGCUAGCGGCCUCGCGAAGAAGCAAAACACAUCGAGAAGCGCUCAAUGAAGACGUACAGGCGGAACAGGAAGAGCAGGAGAGACGAGCCGUCCUGGAAGAGGUGGCCACCCACCUAGGUCCUAAGCAUCCUAUCUGCUAUGAUUCAUACUGUUUAUGUGACCUCUCACACAAGAAGAAACUUGAAACAUUCAGCGUUGCUAUGCUCAAGGACAUGUUGAAAUACUUUGAAAUUCCUUUUAGUUCUCGCGAUAGAAAAAAAAUUCUUGUAGCGAACCUAUCCGAAUUUCUUGAAGGCUGUGACUGUAACCAGCCGCAUUAA